AUGGCUUCUCAUUUGCCAACUUUCUGUCAUCCCAGUGAACACCUUGGUCCACUGGAGCUCAAUCACCUUAUGAAUUCAGUGGAGGAAAUGGAAACCAAGCUCUGCAGCAGUGACAAAGAGGAAGCUUUCAAAAGAGAAUUACCCUACUGCACAGGAGAAAUAGACUUCACAGCUUCUGGGAAGAAACAUGCAAAGUUUAUGAAGGUCCAGAGUACCAUUCACCCUGGAAUUAUAUUUGAAGUCAUGCUGAACAAAUGGAUGCUACCUGCUCCCAAUUUGGUAAUUUCUUUAGUAGGGGGAGAAGAAAAUUUUCAGAUGAAGCCUUGGCUACGGGACACCUUAAAGAAAGGAUUUAUAAAGGCAGCUGAAAGCACAGGUGCCUGGAUUUUCACCAGUGCUCUGCGUGUAGGAGUAACAAGACACUUUGUGCAAGCAGUCCGAGACCUUGCCCUGGCCAGCACCUCAUCCACACUGAGUGUGAUUGCCAUAGGAAUAACUUCCCUCAGGGAAAUCCAGCACAGAGAAAUUCUGGAUAACACAAAGGCUGAAAGCCUUGUACACUACCAGUCAGAUGACAGCACCCAAGGCCCACCCUACUCCUUGGAUCACAACCAUUCCCACCUGAUUUUGGUGGAGCACAGCUCACCAGAGGAGCUGGAUGGAAGCACCGAGCUCCGCCUCAGCUUGGAGAAGCACAUCUCAGAGCAGCGCACGGGAUACGGGGGAACAGGUAGCAUUGAGAUCCCUGUGCUUUGCUUACUGGUAAAUGGAGGACCAGGCACACUUGAGAGAAUUUGCAGAGGGCUGGAAAAUUCUGCUCCCUGGCUUAUCUUAGCAGGGUCUGGAGGUACAGCUGACAUCUUGGCUGCAUUCAUGAAUGACCCACAGCUUGUCGUGCCAGAGGCUGUUGAAAAGCAAUUCAAGGAGAAAUUCCCAGCGGAGAGCUUCUCGUGGAAGGACAUUCUCCAGUGGACAGUGACAAUUCAGACCAUUAUUUCACACCAGCAUCUUCUAACUCUGCACAACUUUGAGCAAGAUGGUUCAGAAGAACUAGACACAGUCAUUUUAAAAGCUUUAGUAAAAGCCUGUAAAAGCCAGAGCCAGGAGGCUAAGGAAUAUCUGGAUGAACUGAAGCUGGCAGUGGCCUGGAAUAGAGUAGACAUUGCUAAAAGUGAAAUAUUCAAUGGUGAUGUGGAGUGGAAGUCCUGUGACCUGGAGGAAGUGAUGAUGGAUGCUCUGGUCAACAACAAACCAGAAUUUGUAAAGUUAUUUAUUGACAAUGGGGCUAACAUGUACGAAUUCCUGACCUACAGUCGUCUGCAGAGGCUCUACUGUUCCAUUUCUCAGAAAUGUCUCCUCUAUGAACUUCUCCUGAAGAAACAUGAAGAAAGCAAACUGACCUUGGCAGGGCUCACUGGUCAGCAGAGAAACGAGCAGGAGGAGAUCUGCCCCCUCUUCACUCUGAGUGAGGUCUCCAGAGUUCUCAAGGAUUUUCUUCAUGAUGCAUGCAAAGGUUUCUAUCAAGACCUCAGACAUGGAGGCAAGAAGAAAUCAGACAAAACGAACACAAAGCGAUUACCUGGGCCCUUGGACAUGAACCAGAAAAGCGAAAAUCCUUGGAGGGAUUUGUUUGUGUGGGCAGUACUACAAAACCGGCACAAGAUGGCAAACUACUUCUGGGCUAUGGGUCGGGAGGGUGUAGCCUCAGCUCUGGCAGCCUGCAAGAUCCUUAAAGAGAUGUCCCGCCUGGAGACAGAGACCAAAGCAGCCUGCAUAAUGAAAGAGGCCAAGUAUGAGCAGCUCGCUGUCGAACUGUUUAGUGAAUGCUACCACAACAGUGAGGAGAGAGCAUUUGCUCUGCUGGUGAGGAAAAAUCAGUACUGGAGCAAAACCACCUGCCUUCAGCUGGCCACAGAAGCAGAUGCCAAGUCUUUCUUUGCACAUGAUGGUGUCCAGGCCUUCCUGACAAAAAUAUGGUGGGGAGACAUGUCUACAAGCACAAAGAUCCUCAAGUUAAUCUGUGCAUUCUGGUGUCCUUUCCUAAUCUACACAAAUUUAAUAUCAUUCAGUGAGGAAAAACAGUCAAAAAAUGAGCCAGAGCCAUUUAGAGAGCUGGACAGUUUGAAUUCAGAGAGGACUCUGUUUCUCUCCAGGGAAGAUAGAGGAAAUGACACACUGGAAAAACAGAACCCUUCUGCAAACACAGCAUGGGCAACAUUCAUGUUUACCCGGUGGAGAAAAUUCUGGAGUGCCCCUGUAACUGUGUUUAUGGGGAAUGUUAUAAUGUACUUUGCUUUUCUAUUUCUAUUUACUUAUGUCCUUUUACUGGACUUUAAACCACCUCCACCUCAGGGCCCAUCUGUUAAAGAAAUUGUCCUCUACUUCUGGGUGUUUACCCUUGUGUUGGAAGAGAUCCGACAGAGUUUCUAUACAGAUGAAGACACAAGCUUAAUGAAAAAAUUUAAACUGUAUGUGGAGGAUAACUGGAAUAAGUGUGAUAUGGUGGCCAUCUAUCUCUUCAUAAUUGGGGUGACCUGCAGGAUGCUGAACUCAACUUUUCAAGCCGGCCGUACAAUACUCGCCAUCGAUUUCAUGGUGUUCACACUCAGACUUAUCCAUAUUUUUGCAAUUCACAAACAACUUGGACCAAAGAUCAUAAUUGUGGAAAGGAUGAUGAAGGAUGUUUUCUUCUUUCUGUUUUUCCUGAGCGUGUGGCUCAUUGCCUACGGGGUGACAACUCAAGCUCUGCUCCAUCCCGACGACAGCAGAGUGGAAUGGAUAUUCAGAAGGGUUCUUUAUCGUCCCUACCUUCAGAUAUUUGGCCAGAUUCCACUGGAUGAAAUAGACACAUCACGAAGCUAUCCCAGGAACUGCACGUUUGAGCCCCUGCAGGCUCUGCAGGAGAACACGCCGUCCUGCCCCAACAGCUACGCCAACUGGCUCGUCAUCCUGCUGCUGGUCAUCUUCCUGCUCGUCACCAACGUCCUGCUCAUGAACCUCCUCAUUGCCAUGUUCAGCUACACUUUUCAAGUUGUCCAGGGCAAUACAGACAUCUUCUGGAAAGUGCAGCGCUACAACCUGAUUGUGGAAUACCAUGGCAGGCCUGCCUUGGCACCACCAUUUAUCAUUAUCAACCACAUCACUCUGGUUCUCAGAAGACUCUUCAACAAAAUGGAGCACAAGAAAAAACACCUGGAAAGAGAUCUUCCAGUGGGCCUUGAUCAAAAAAUCAUAACAUGGGAGCUGGUGCAAAAAGAACACUAUCUUGUAAACCUUGAGCAAGAAAAGAAAGAAAGCAAUGAAGAGAGGCUGAAGGCCACAUCUAACAAAGUGGACAAUUUGUCAAAGUAUUUUAGUGGGUGGAAAGAACAAGAAAAACGAUUUAAAGUUCUGGAAGCCCAGAUUUGCUACUGUACAGCUGUUAUCUCCUCCAUGGCAGAGGUUUUAACCAAAACCAACCUCUUGUGCACUCAACCAGCUCCAAACUAUACAAGCAUGAAGAGUGCCAACACAGAAGUGCCUUCACCACAAAGACAGGGAAGAGAAGAGCGUGCAGAUCAGUUUGAGACUGACAUCGAAUACAUCGAUAAUUAAAUUUUAUUCUAUUUCUUCACAUUAAACCUUUAGUCCUACUGAACUACUGUAGGAGUAAAAUCCUAAUCUCUUGAAGGCCUAAGGGCAACAAGCCCUCUAGGCUAAGCACUAUCAGUGCUUGGCAUUACUGAGAAUUUCUUGGUCUUUGUCCUUCAGUUUCUGGAGCUUUCAUCCCUGCUGCUCCCGUAGCACUCAGUCCCUUCUCCAAAACCAUUCCACAAACAGCACUAAGGCUUUCUCCUCCAGGGGGACUCUACCACCUUAUUUUCCAAAUACCAUUUGUUCUCCAGAUACCACACCCUCAAUCCACCAUCAUCACUGCCAAAUUCCACACUUCUCUGUUCGAGGGAGUCUCCCUUUGGAAGGCCAAUCAUUUAUGCACUUAAAAACAAGCUCCUUCCUUGGCCAAGAAAUGAAGCUUGUACUCCUGAGCUGCUUAGAAAAGGAAAUCAAGAAAUAGUUUCCAAGGAAAGGGCCUGAAAACAGAAACAUUACAAUCCAUACAGUUCCUGGAGUUCCUGCAACUCCCAAACAAUUGUACCCACCAGCUUCUCUUCCCACGCUGGCUCCUUUGAAAGGUGUUCCUUUGCUGGUAUUUCUUCUUAAGGGCUCCUCACUCCACCUCAGAGAAUGGAAUCACCUGGUGUUUGUUGUUCCCAUGCCCCACCACAGCUGCUGCCACUCUCCUGCUGGAAAGGAGCCUUUGCCUCCACAUAUCACACCACACAGAGUAUCUUCUCUACAUCUAAGCAUCUGAUUUCAUUUUACUUUUCUUUCUCAAAGGUCAAGGGAAAAAAGAAAUCACUUAAGAAAGAGACUUGAAAACAAGAAUGUGAACCAAGAAUUAUCCCGCAGUCUUGGAAUUUGGGCUGUUUGUGGCUUUUUCCAUUACUUAAAACUGGCUUGUACAUUUCUAGCAUACAAAAACUCACUGAUUAUAUUAGAAUUUUGCAAAAUAUAUCACUAAAAUAUCAAUAGCAUCCUCUAAGGGGAAAUUUCUUUGGAAUACUAUAAACAGCAUCAGAAGAGGGAAGUAUUGGGCUGUGUCUGACACUGAUAAGCUUCAGCUGCAUUUCCUCACACAUAUAAUAUUGUCUCUAUGCAAUGUAAUUGUAGAUUGCACAAAAGCUUUCUGUUACCAGAGGUGGAAAAAAAAUAAAUCUCAGCUCUGACAAAAAUGAGCCUUUUAUUAACAGAUAUUAAUCUUGUUAUGAUGGCUUCAUGAAACAGGCAUUUGUCCAGUUUAUUCAGCUGUGCCCCAGGCCUGUGACUCCAUUAGCAGCAAUGGAAUUUUGAUAGUCCUACCUGCUCCUCACCCUGAGCAAGCAGAACUCAUAAACCCAGUAAGUCUCUUUUUGCUAAGAAAUAACAGAUAUCUCACAGCCAGCACUCCUUGCUCUUGGCAGCAGCUUCCACUUUGAAAUGGCUACUACCUUCAUUGUGAUCAGCAGACUAAUUAUCCACUGGAACCCUAAAUCUAUCCAUUUGGAUUUGCUGUGUGUGGCCAGUCCCAUGCACUGGAACAAGCAAUGUAUUUACCAUGACCCACUAAGAAAUCUGCAUCCAACUGCACACUCAUGAGAAAAUACAUUCUGCUCUGAAAACUAAAAGGUGAGUUUAGAAAAAUGGAGCACAACUGCCCCUUUUAUACUGUUUUCUUCUUCUUCUGCCACAUGAUGUAUCUGUUCAAACACAAAAUCCAAGUGGUUUGGGCCUCCCAGUUAAUUAUUAAGAUGGAUCUCCCCUUCAGAGGAAGUCACCCCCUCAAACACCCUUCAGAGUUUGAGCAAGCACAAUCUACCAAGAAAUAUCACAAACUCUUAAGAAUGAAUAUUUCACUACACAGUUAUAAAUACUACCCUUGGAU